UCUUAAUAUGCCUGGUUGGUUCUAAACCUUUAUGUAGCUUAAAAGUAUGAUGUUAAAUAACAUACCAGAAACAAAAACAAUCUUAUUGUGCUGAAAAACUAUAAUAUUAUCUAUGUAUCAAAAAACAGACCAGUAGUAGUGGCCAACACACCUAUUGAAAUCCUUUGCUUCUACUCAAUGAAGUCAUGAUGAAUGGUUUGGGUUUCGGAUCCAAUCAAUCACGUGUCUGCCAAUGAGGUCCUACAAUGGAUAAGAAGGCCAAUCAUUCCACUUUUACUUUUUAAAACAAAUUGCAUCAUUUUGUUUACAUUGGAAGGAAAGAGAGAGAGCAGAGGAUGAGUGGAGUAGGGAAAGUGGUGUGUGUUACAGGAGCUUCAGGUUACAUAGCUUCAUGGCUAGUGAAGGUCUUACUACAAAGUGGAUAUAUUGUCAAAGCCACUGUCAGUAAUCUAAGUGAUUCAAAGAAAACAUACCACUUACUUGCACUAGAUGGAGCUAAAGAAAGACUUCAUUUAUUUGAAGCAAAUUUAAUGGACCAAUGCUCUUUUGAUUCUGCUGUCAAUGGAUGUGAUGGUGUUUUUCACACAGCCUCUCCUUCAUUUCUCUCAGCUCCACACCCUCAUGCAGAAAUAAUAGAGCCGGCAGUGAAGGGAACACUGAAUGUUCUGAGGUCAUGUGCUAAAGUUCCAUCUGUAAAGAGAGUGGUUAUAACUUCUUCCAUGGCUUCAGUUGUAUUCAAUGGAACACAAUGCACCCCUGAUGUGGUUGUUGACGAGACAUGGUUUUCUGAUCCUGCUGUUUGCGAGAGUAUGAAGGGAAUCAAAUGUUUCCAAAUGAAGUUUUUGGAUAUGUUGAUAUCAGAGAUGUUGCAAAUGCACACAUUCAAGCAAUGGAAGUUGCUUCAGCAAGUGGAAGAUACUGUCUAGUUGGAUGUGUUGCACACAUGUCUGAUCUUUUAAAGAUUUUAAAAAGACCUCCACCCUUCUCUGAAUAUUCCUGAAAAGUGUGAAGAUGAGCAGCCGCAAAUGCCAAAGUAUCAAGUAUCAGAUUUGAAAGCAAAGAGUCUGGGAAUCAAUUUCAUCCCAUUGGAAGUGAGCUUGAGAGACACUGUAGAAAGCUUGAAGGAAAAAGGCUUUAUAAAU